UCGAUAAAAGCAACAAAAACUCGUGCUACUUUUUUUUGCAAAUGCACAAUAGAAAAUUAAGAAUUUCCAUAACAAAAUACUAAGUUAAAGUCCAGGAUACCGAUUAGCAUGUGCAGGACACUCGCAGCCUAAGGAUUUUGAACGAAAUUAAAGGAAAAACGGAUAAGAGAGCGAACGCAGAGCGGUAAAAAACGCCAACUUUUUUGUACUAUAGAUAGCAUCCAAGGAGAUCCACAAAAGGCAAAACCAAAAUGGGAAAUGAAACAUCACUGCCCAUGGAAAUGUGUUCCAAUUUCGACGCCGAUGAGAUCCGUCGCUUGGGUAAACGCUUCCGCAAACUGGAUCUGGACAACUCCGGAGCCCUGAGUGUGGACGAGUUCAUGUCGCUGCCGGAGCUGCAACAGAAUCCCCUGGUGCAGCGAGUGAUUGACAUUUUCGACGCCGACGGCAACGGCGAGGUGGACUUCAAGGAGUUCAUCCAGGGCGUCUCACAGUUCAGUGUCAAGGGUGAUAAGCUGUCGAAGCUGCGCUUUGCCUUCCGCAUCUACGACAUGGACAACGACGGCUAUAUUUCCAACGGAGAACUGUUUCAGGUGUUAAAGAUGAUGGUGGGCAACAAUCUGAAGGACACACAACUGCAGCAGAUUGUUGAUAAGACAAUCGGUUUCGCGGACAAGGACGAAGACGGCAAGAUAUCGUUCGACGAGUUCUGCUCGGUGGUCGGCAACACGGACAUACACAAGAAGAUGGUUGUUGACGUCUAAAAUAGGUUUACAGCCGAAUCCUUUUUAUACGCAAUUUAUUUAUUCUUUUGUACAUGCGCCAGCAUCCUUCGUUUAUUACUAUCACUACGAUUAUUAUGAUUAUUAUUUUUCGAUCAGCGAUUCUCUAGUUGAAUAUUGUUAUAAGCCGUUAGCGAGCCAGUUCAGUCAGAGUCAGAGUCAGUCAGUCAGUCAGUAGGGCGCUCGCAGUGGAGCAGUCACAGUCUCUAACGUGAGACCAAUGUUAUCCUAAGUUGAAAAGUGGAAUAAUGCGCCUCCUACUUACUUCUUUUUAAUAUAUACAUCUAUAUACAUAUAUACAUGCAUAUAUAGUCAUAAUUUAUUAUACAAAUAUACAAUUAAUGAAUGAAAUUGAAAACCUUAAAAAGCGAAACUAAAACUAAAAUGAAAAUCAACCAACUCAAUGCAAGUGAAGGCAGAAAUAAAGAAAACCAAGUUGAAUCCAAAGCUCUUUCGAAUCGGUAACUCAUGGUUUUCCGCGCCCGCUCCUACGCGCCACGCACACCACGCACACAUACCCACUCUAUCACUCUAUAAUCGAUGUGUCCUAGUUUACGUUAAUUAUUUCUAAUUCUCCUGUGAUUUUGCCAAAAACAAAACAAAAAAUCGAAAACAAAAA